AUGGGCGUUACCAGUCUCGGCCCCACGCAUCGAUCUGCGGUCAGUCUCAAUCCUUAUGGUGUCUCUAGAGUCUUCGGUACGGAAGCAUAUCUGCCAAUCACCUAGAUUGGUUGUCCUGGACGCCUAAGGGUUUGGUCGUAGAAACCUAACCUCAGGGUGUUGUCGGCCAGAGAACCUAUUUUCUGUCCAUUUGUAACAGUUCCGUCAUCGAGACCUGUGGUGUCUAAUAAAGCAUUCGACAGGACAGUUGGCCCUUUGCUCCACGGCGGUGUUGCUUCUGUUAUUGCCUGUGCGCGUUAGACGGAGGCUUCAUUCACGUCACAUCUACUUGGACUUUCAGUUCCACCUCUAGUCAGCUUGGUUAUGUCUCGCUGUGAGUUCCUCCUAGUUUAAACCCAACACCCAAUUUCCCCGUGGUGAACAGUUCUGUGCGCCCUAAAAUCUGUGGCGGCACGCUAACAGUCGUGACUGACGGAAAACUCUGUUCUAUUUUAUACCUGCAUUUCUGGCUGUAUUGGCCCCUCUGUAACCAGGUCUUCGUUGCAGUCACUUAUAUGGUACAUGAGACCUCUAUGGAUGGCAUGCACGGUGUUAUUAACUAGACCGUCUUUUCUGGCCACUCUAUGACUGUCGCCUCAUCGAGGCCAGCCUUGUCUUUUAAAGAAUUCGGCUGCACAGUCGACCCUCUUCUUAUAUACGCAGGUGUAUAACUUGUGACCUUUGACGUACGGACUCCUAGCCUUCCCCCGCAGUUAUCUUUCCGUCCGUGACAGGUUGUCAAUAUUUUGGCUGGUUGUGGAUCCGGUUCUUGGUAUUUCGGCAGUCUGUGUUGCCCCACCCACCAACGCCUUUAUUUUCACUCGAAAUCUUAUAUUAAUCUUCCGGUUCCCUUUUGAUGUAUUAAGUCUCCUCUUAAUUGUAAGUCCCCGUGAACGUGCGUCUCAGUAUUACAGUAGUCUUACUGAAGAUUGCAAAGUUACCACUUAUAAGUGCUUUGAGGCGCAGUUCCACACUCACCUCAGACGCUGGGAGGUAGUCUGAAUUUGAAUCGUCCGGAAAAUACAAUUAUAUAUCCCGAGAUCGUCUUUUUUAAAUUUAUGUCCGUUAACGGAUCGCUUCGUUCCUAUCAGCAAAGUAUCCAACUUGUUAUUUGUGGCGCGUUUCUCAAAAAAGGACAUUUCUAUGUUAAAUGAAUCCCUAAUACCUGUAAGGGAAAAGUAGCUCGUUGUUAAAUCCUGCGGAAGGUAGGCUACUGACUCGCACUUUUCACAAGUUAAUGGACGAAGCAGUACUUACCCGGUGGAAGCCUGUGGUUCGCCUGUUGGCGGUUGUCUUUGAAGAACUUCAGGACACACAAUAUAAACAAAUGAACAGCAGGUUUGAUGGGCUUGACUUCUGGGCAAAUGGGCAGUGCGAUCGUGGCUUUGAAUUAUGAUGAAUCGACUAUUCAUCUGCUCUAAGCCGCUCGCCAAAGUCUGGAUUGGAGAGCAUGCGGGAUUACAUUUUCUAACAUAAAUAGUUCUAAGGUUGUAACUAUUUCCGUUUCCUACUUGGGAAAUUGUGAACUGCAGCAUGAACGCAGAGUAACUGUUUCCUAAUCUGGAAUAGUUCCCUGUUAAUACACACAUCAAUAUGUUUAUCUUCUCACCUGCGGUCAGAGGUUUGCACAGCUUUUCCCCAUAAAAAUAUUUAUCCUCUGGAUUUCGGAAUUCAAGUGUAAAGAUAAUUUAAAAACCUCUCGAUUUUAAUGAAGACAUGUGCUAUGGUCCUAAAUACAUUUUGGGCCUCCCUAAGAAACUCGUAGGCAUUAUUCGUGUUUACCUCGAGGGUUAGUCAGUAACCCAUCUCAUGAAAUGUUGACCAAAAUUCUGAAAUGCGUUUUCGAUUAGGAAGGAUUACCUAAGUGGGGUUGUAAUACUGAAUAUCGUGCGACAUCUUCCUGAAAUAAUUCGGAGUUGGCAGGAUUCCAGCUCUUCACUGCACUUCGUUUCAAUCUCCUGCAGAAACCCUAUUCGGUAUAAAAUGACUACUUAAGUAGCAUGCAUUUUCCACACUGAUAUUUGCCUGCCUUAUAAAUUCAAACAUAUUUUCUAAGAAUCAUGGACGAAGAUAUUCUUACUUUCGCUCAUUUGAUGGGAAAUCAUGUCAUCUUCAUAUUUUAUACUUUAGGAAGGAGUAUAAUUAGGUUUUAAAAAAGUUGUCGAAUGCCCGAAUAAUUUGGAGUCAGAUCAGUCGUUGCAUUAGCGCUUGGUGAUUUCAGUCUACAAGAUGGAUGCGUUCCGCUUAAGGAAAAUCAUAUAAACUUUGAUAUCUUUGAGAAGAUACCAUAUUGAGUCCAUAAAAUUUCGCAAUAGAUGCGGACUAUGUCGUAAAUUUCAUGAGGAGCAGCGAUAAACGGACCGGUGCGAUUUUGAAGAAGAAGACACGAUCGCCGGUACAAGAGCUUUAUUAGCCUGACGUUUCGGAUUCCUGCUCGAAUCCAUCAUCAGAGACAAGAGCAGAAUUCCUGGAGAAACUCAAAGGGGUAAGCCUCCAACCAAAUGAGGUCAUGGUAUCUUUUGAGGUUACAUCCCUUUUUACUUCUAUUCCCCAGGACCUGGCGAUCGAGACAAUCGAGCUGCUUCUACAAAGCAAAUACUAUGAAACGGAGAAUCGUCCUGGACGCGCCAAAGUCCUUCAGCUCCUGAAGUUCUGUCUCCGGACGUAUUUCAUGUUCAACGGGACAAUCUACGAACAGGUGAAGGGCACACCAAUGGGUUCGCCGAUUUCGGGAUUCAUCGCCGAGGCGAUCCUGCAACGGUUAGAGUCGCUGGUCUUCCAACACCACAAAUCGAAGUUCUGGGCCCGGUAUGUAGAUGAUACAUUCGUCGGUAUCGAUCGGGAUCAACUGCUGACAUUCAAGGAACGUCUGAAUGCGGUCUUUCCGGACAUACAAUUUACGAUGGAGGAGAAAGAGAACAACUAG